AUGUCUCCUCGCCCUGUCACUCCAAACUCCGACUCCUAUCGUCAUGUUCCAAAUCUCCCAAUGGAAUGGUUCCACCACCUGCAGAAAAUUAAUGUUUUGUGGGGUCCCCCUCCCCUAAACUCCUGGCUCCGACUUCGGGACAUAGCACCAGUGGGUAACUCCGAGUGGGGGCCAUUGGUGGACCUAAUCCUGCCAGGCCCACCAGUUCCUCCACAUUGA